CAAUACAAAGUUUUAUUGUCUCGCAGUGGGAUAAUGAGACCCGGCCUGAACGCAAUUCUUGGACCUACUGGAAGUGGAAAAUCCUCAUUCUUGGAUAUUCUGGCUGCAAGGAAGGAUCCUUCAGGUCUCUCAGGAGAAGUUCUCAUCGAUGGAGCUCCGCAACCUCCAAACUUCAAGUGCCUCUCUGGCUACGUGGUUCAGGAAGAUGUUGUCAUGGGGACCCUGACUGUGAGGGAGAAUCUGCGUUUCUCCGCAGCUCUGCGGCUGCCCAGCUCUGUGCCGCAGAGUGAGAAGGAGGCUCAAGUCAAUCACCUCAUCAAAGAACUGGGUCUCACCAAAGUGGCCGACUCCAAGGUGGGCACACAGAUGACCAGGGGAAUCUCUGGAGGAGAGAGGAAGAGGACGAGCAUUGGUAUGGAGCUCAUUAUCGAUCCCUCAGUUCUCUUCCUGGAUGAACCAACCACUGGACUGGAUGCUAGCACUGCCAACUCUGUGUUACUGUUGCUGAAAAGAAUGGCCGAUCAUGGAAGAACCAUUAUCAUGUCGAUCCACCAACCUCGCUACUCCAUCUACAGACUGUUUGACACUCUGACUUUGCUGGUUAGUGGUAAAAUGGUUUACCAUGGAGCAGCUCCGAAUGCUUUGGACUACUUCGCCAACAUUGGUUAUCCCUGUGAGCCCCACAACAACCCAGCUGACUUCUUUCUGGAUGUUAUUAAUGGAGACUUUACUUGUGCAACAAUGACCAAAGUGCAAAGCUCUGAAGAUUUGGACUUAGAGGUACUCAGCAGCUCCAGGCAGAGCAUCGAGGAGCACCUGGUAGAGGAGUACAGGAACUGCAGCUACUCCAGCGACACACAAGCCGAGCUGGAACGCAUCGUCCAGGACAAGGAGUGUAUCCUACAUCCGAAAUCUCGCACCAUCACCUACAACAGCUCCUUCUUCCACCAGCUAAGAUGGGUGCUGAAGAGGACCUUCCAGAACCUCAUGUUAAACCCACAAACAUCUGUUGCCCAGCUGGGAGUCAACAUUUUCCUCGCCCUCACGGUCGGAGCCCUUUUCUUCGGAAUCAAAGACGAUCAGAGCGGGAUCCAGAACAGGAUGGGUGCCCUCUUCUUCAUCACCACUAACCAGUGUUUCAGCACCGUGUCUGCAGCUGAGCUCUUCAUCAUUGAGAGGAAACUGUUUGUACACGAGUACAUCAGUGGUUACUACAGAGUGUCUGUCUACUUCCUGUCAAAGAUCCUGUCUGACAUCACCCUGCGCACCAUCACCUCUGUUAUCUUCAGCUGUGUUGUUUAUUUUCUGAUCGGGCUCAAAUCUACUGUCUCAGCCUUUUUCGUCUUCACGCUGACCGUCACUCUGGUGGCCUACACAGCCACAGCCAUGACCAUGGCCAUCUCGGCCGACCAGAGCGUCGUCGCUCUCGCCAACAUCUUCAUGACCAUCGCAUUUGUCUUCAUGAUGAUUUUCUCAGGGCUCUUGGUGAACCUGCCCAGCAUCAUGGAUUGGCUUGCAUGGCUGAAGUACUUCAGUAUUCCUCGCUACGGCCUUGCAGCCUUGAAGAUCAAUGAGUUUGUUGGUUUAAAGUUCUGUGAGGAGGCUGUGAGACGAGACGCCAACAUGUCGGCUGGAGCGUCAAACUGCAGCAUGAGCACAGCCGCUCUGACGUGCACAGGAGAGCAGUAUCUGGACUACCUGGGGAUAGAGUACACCACCUGGGGACUGUGGGAGAACCAUGUGGCUCUGACCGUUAUGUCCAUCAUAUUCCUCAUCAUCGCCUACCUGAAACUACGCUACAUCAAGAAAUUCACUUAGAUGUUUAAGUCUGAAUUAUUAUUCAUUUUUGGACAAAUUUGACAUUUUGGGAGAAAUAGUUGUUUUUUUGCUUGGAGUUAGAUGAGAUUGUGCAGUCUGCACAAAAACAGAGGGAAGCAGAGGGUUUUUCAGGUUGUAAUCAUUUGGGCUCCUUUUUUGUAUCACUUAGAAAAAUUUUCCCCAAAUGAAAAUGUUGCCUAUUCUCUUCACCCAAUUUUACUAAUACAACAGAUGGGCAAAGGGUUGUCUUAGGACUUGUUGAACAUUGGAAAUGUAUCUAACUGUUGAUCUUUUCAUCUAACUCUCAGCAAGAAAGUAAAUAUAUCUGUUAAUAUGUCAAACUAUUCCUUUAAAUGUGCCUUUGUUUUGCACUUACUUCAAUAUUCAGUAAAAUGUCAUGUUAUUUUUUCCUCUUUGGUGAAGACUGUUUCCACCAUGUUCACUUUUCAGCACCUCAUUUGCCUAAAACAGGUGCAAGUUGCUGUUAUUUCAGUGUUAUUCAAUGUGGUUAUUUAUGAAUAUUUACAGUUGUAUUCAGAUUCUGCCUUUUUUCAGUACAUGUGUAACUCAGUAGUGUUGAUAUAUUCAGCUUCUGCACAUUUACCAAAUUAUACAAAUUAUACAAGUGAAUUCAUCUCAAGUCUAAACAGAUUAUUUGUUAUUGUAGAUGUUGUAGAAUUAUAUCAGAUCGAUUUUCAAUGUUACCUUUCUUUAUUGUUCCAAAGUAAACAUCUAUACAUGUUUUAUUCAA